CUAAAGUUUUAAUCUCUUUUUUUUUUUCUUGUGCUUCUUUCCUUGCUUUUCUUUACUCUUCUCAAUGGCGCCCUGUAAUGUUAAUUCUGAUUUAUUGUUUGAAAUUUUAUCGAGAAUGGAACUGAAGACGAUGAGGAGGUAUAGAAUUCUCUCGAGGGAAUGUAACAGUCUCACUUAUGAAUCAAGCUUCAUGCGGCUUCACUGUCAGAGAACAAAGACAAUAGCUGGAUAUUUUGUUCAGAGUUUAAGAAGCAAUCGGUACCAUUCAACGUUUCUGUCCAUAGACAAUCCAGGUCUUGACCCCGGGUUAAGCCUUGAUUUUCUACCCGAUCGGUCUCUGGAGAUUCUAGCUACUGUUGAUCAAGGUCUGAUGUUUUGCAUGAACCAAGGUCCAGAAAACCGUCAUUAUAUUUGUAAGCCAAGCACUCGACAAUGGGAAGUUCUGCCGAGUCCAAAUUCUCGAUAUUUUACUAGAAAGACAGCCAUGGUGGUGCUUCGGUCAGACCCUUUGCGGUUCAAAAUAGUCCGACUUUCAGAUGGUGAGUACAAUGACUCAGAGCUUGAGUUGGAAAACUCCAAGCCAGAGGUUGAUGAUUAUGAUUACAAACGCUUUCAAGUUGAAAUUUUUGAUUCAAAGAUAUGGGCAUGGGAGCAACUAGAUGAUUUAAUGUUGUCUUACGACGAGUUUUUCAACUCCAAGCCUGCCGUAUCUGCAUAUGGUGGGCUGCAUUGGCUUACUUCCAACAAAGAAAAAAAUAACAUAUUAUCCUUUUAUGAAGAUACUGAGAGUUGGGAGUUGGUUUCACUGCCAAACGCAUUGUGGGAGAGAUACUGGUAUUCUGUCAAUUUAACAGAAUACGAAGGGAAAUUGGCAUUCAUUUGCGUGAGUCCAGAUUUCAUCGAAUUAUGGGUCCAAAAUUAUUAUGGAGAAAAGUUUUGGACUAAGAGAGACUCGAUAAAUUUGAAAAGUUUUAAUCAAAAGAUUGGUCAUUCUUCAGCAAAUUCUUUUUACAAUGCUGAUAUUCUCUUCAUGAAUAGCUUAUUCAGCGCAAUUUUUUAUAAUUUCAAGACUGGUCAAUUUAAUCGGUUAGAACUUCCGUUGAAACACAUGCAUAUUGACUCUGCGUUUUUUAUUCAAACAGAUUCUAAGCCGAUCCGUUUCAGACAACACAAAAAAUCUUUUGCAUCGAAUAUUUUCACAUUACUUAUCUUUGUAGUAUUUUUGCUUUUUAUUUUUGAUUUGUGCCACUAUAAUUAUCUAAAACCGGGAGAAUUUAUGAUAUUUGUCAGAAUAGGACUGCGAGUGUCCGCUGUCCGCAUGAAUGAACAACCAAAGGAUGAAAACCUUAGUUUCUUUUGA